AUGCGAUCACCAUCGCUCCUCCCGAUAUUCGGGGUUCUAAGCUUAUCUAGUGCCCUCUCAACAACUUCGAACAAUGUGCCGAUCGAAAAUGCAAAUCACAUUUUCAACGUGAUCCAAGACUCAAUGCGCCAGUGGGGAUCGUCUCUACACCACAAUGGUGUUUCGUUCUUCCUAGCGCAUGUUCCCGCCGGUACACAGUUCUACCACGGAACCUCCAAGGACAGCCCGGUGAAUGGCACCGAGUGGUUGGCGUUUGAGCCUGAACAUGCUAUGGUCUUCGCCCGGCCGCAACGCGGCCCCCCACCACACCCACCACCACCAGAAGAUGAUCAUACCGAACAACAGGAUGAAGGCCAUGGUGAGCUACGGAAGCGGAGAUAUCAUGACAGAGAUGAGAGACAUCAUGGCCCGCUGGCUGACCACCCGCUAAAGAUAUUCGAUAAGAAUGAGGCAGGGUAUUUGCAUACAUACAUUGCAGCCAAGGAUCUCCGUCUUUUGUAUCUUGACGGUAUGUCUGCUGCCAAGACAUCGAAGGGCACGCUCGAUUCUCAGGACACAGUCUUGUUCAACGGCUCGUUCAGAGAUCCUCCGAGUCGGGGCGGGGAGAGCGAACGCGCCAGGCUGGCCUGCGAGAUGGCCGACAAGGAAUGGGAGGGUCGCAUUGACGGUGUGCUGCGCAUGGAAGCUGGCUUUGAGAUUAUCCUGUGUCACUUUGAGCGCGAUCUAACUCCUGUGCGAAUCACCCAGGCUAAGCAACGCACUGAGGAGCCGCAUGGACCUAGGGGUAGCCGCAAACAUAGUGACCGGGAUGGUCCUCGCAAACAGGGUGAUGACAAGCACCACGAGGGUCAUAGCCUACGAAAGGAGGAUGAUGAAAAACGACACGGCCCCGGUGGGCCCGGUGGUCCUGGAGGACCACCCCGCGGCGGACCUGGAGGCGGCCCGAACUCGUCGCAAUGGAUGCGCGCAAUCACCGCGCGCUACAACGGAAUCGGCGGAAACCGAGUUUCGCUGAACUUCAACCACUUCGUCACAGCCUUCUCCCACAACGUAGAUCUCUUCCAAGAAAAUUCAACCCUGCCCCGACUUGCCAACCUCUCUUCUGAGGAGCGCGCCACCAUCCGUGCCGAAGUCUCGAAUAUGGUCAUGACAUAUGAUCCUGCCGAAGCCUCCGAGGACUGGCAGAAGAUUACAGAUAUGAUCGUGACUCGGUACAACAAGGAGCUGACAUACUUUUCUUCCGGUAACAUUGAUACAGUUGAGCGCCUGCAGUCCGAGAUCGAGCGUGUUCUGUCCCCAUUCAUUGAUUACAGUGAUCGGGAUGAUGCCGCUGAGAUCGAGCGUUGUGCAACCCAGUUCUUACCGCCUUUUGCUUUGGAAAGUGGGAAUAUUGCAGCUCGCGCUGUUCAUGGUGUUGCUCACAAUAUUUGCUCGGCCUUAGUUGAGGCUGGGAAGGAGCAGGACCUUGAGUCUGCGGUGAAGGUUGUUCGGAAUGUCAUUGGAUAUCUUGAUUGGACGACGUGGAAGAAGUGCCAGAAUUGCGCGGCGAACGAGAUUUGUGUCGUGCCUAUUUGGCCCAUGGGUACGGUCGAGGACUAUAAUAACCCUAAGUGCAAAGAUGCAUCAAAUCCUUAUGAUCAGGAUGGAGAGAGUUACUGGGGUGGAAUGCACCGCUGA